GAAAGGCUAUUUUCCAAGAUGGCGUCUUCCACGUGAAAUUUCGGUUUCAGUCGAACUUUGGAAGAAAUAGAGGGAAAGAUGGUCUAUUUCGACUCGUGGGAUGAAUUUGCUGCAGCAGUUGAACAGUUGUGUGUAGCUGAACCGAGAAAGUUUCGGUUUGUCGUGAAGUAUCGCCAUUGUGACGGGAAGCUUGUUCUAAAAGGAACAGAUGAUCAAGUGUGCCUAAAAUACAGAACAGAGCAACAACAGGAUAUAAAGAAAUUAGAAAAACUGAACAGUGUUCUGAUGAGACAUGCUGCGGCCAAGUGAAACAAGAAGCCAGCCAAGAUUCAUUCACGAAUAUUACAGCACAAAAUAUUUGUGAAGAACUACCGUGGUGUGGAUUCGUGGUUAAAGGGCGAUGGAUCAGUUACUGGCUAUAUUUAUUGUUCCAGUUAUUUCUAUAAUCAAGCAGCACAGGCAAUCCUUUGGAACUGCAGUUGUUUGUAAUAUUAGGUUGUGCAUUUAAUUUUGUUUCCAUGAUAUUUUUGUAAAUUUGCAUUAGUGACAAAAAUCUACAAUUACAAUGAUUACAGACUAGAACUAAGAAGUUUUUGGAAAUUUUUGUUGGACAACUAAGAGACAGUAAAUACUGGUAUAUGAAGACCCCAAAAGCUUGGGCUUCCUUUAUGGACCAAAAAAUGUAAUUUUGUUUGCCUAAACUUCAAGCAGUCCUUCCUUUUCACCAGAGUCCCGUCACACAAGUAAAAAAUUUAAGGGAAAACAUUGGGUUUCCAGUAGCCGCAAAAUCAGCUUUCCUUUCUAUGAUUUCUUAUUACUCACACAACAGACCUCGCCAGAAAGGAGAGACGACUUGUGGCUGAUCUCGUAGUGAAAUACAGUUGACCUUUUCCCUUAACCAAGACAGGGUUUCACCUUACAACUUCAAUACAGUAUCAAGCAGACAAGUGAUGAGAAAAAAAGAAAAAUGUAAAAUUAAUAAGGAUAUCAUCAGUUGAUCCAAUACCAAGUUCUCCAAAGUAACAUCAAAAAAUUGUAUGACAGGCAGUACUUAGUUCUUAUUAACUGAGCGGGAGGUCUGUAUGGGAGAAUCUUGACUGAGGUCGCCAGUACAGACCGAAUGCAGUGAGGUCUGUACCAGUGACCGAGGUCAAGAUUUUCCCAUAGGGACCGACCAAGCUCGGUUAAUAUGAUGUUUAUUAUAUGGCUGUGUCUUUUAUGCCAAUUGUUUAUAUUUUUUGUACCUCUUUUUUUCUAGAUUGGUCUAGGCCGCUUUCAAUAUUGAUUUCAGCCAAUCAAAUUUGUGAAUUCAGUAGUUCCCAGUCCUUGUGAGACACAGCCAUAUAAUAAAAAUAAUUACUGACAAGAUAUUAGGAGUGAAAGGGUAGGCUUUGUGGUCCUCAUAUUUUAGUGUCCUGAUGGAUUUGGGGAAGUGGUUCAUAAUGUUAACAGUGACUAAAAAAAAUUCAAUGAGGAAGGAAUUUCAGAGAAAGAAUCCAGUCUAGGAACUUCCUCAGAAAGACAAUUCUAAGGGGUUUUUUAAGGGAAGGCAUGGGGGCUAAGGUUAAUCUAGAAAGUAGAUAUUUCCUGCUAAAUUCUUACCUCCUACUUUCCACUUCUCUUUCAUUCUGUAAGUUGUUCCCGUUUCAAUCCAUGCCCUAAGAGAGAAGCUAUGCCCUAAGGGAGAAGCUGAGCCCUAAGAGAGAAGCUGUACCCUAAGGAGAAGCUGUGCCCUAAGGGAGAAGCUGUACCCUAAGGGAGAAGCUGUGCCCUAAGGGAGAAGCUGUGCCCUAAGGGAGAAGCUGUGCCCUAAGGGAGAAGCUGUGCCCUAUUUGAAGGUGAAAAAGGAAUCCAUAGUCACAGCAGGAGUAGAAACUGAAUGGUUUCAUAAUCUGAAAGUUUCUUUUAUUUAAUUUCAUUGUUCCCUUAGCUGAGUGUCCACUUAACUUUGUAGACCCUUACACCGAACUUUACUAGAAAUCUGUACAGAAGCCAUACCUCAUUAAAAUACUAUCAUCAGUCCA